AUGGCACCAAGCUUACAACUUCUCAUUAAUUACGUGCUGAACGAAGUCGCACUGUGCGGCAACCAAGGUGCGACUUUGUCAUUUGUUCUCCAAGCCAUCACGACCUUCUAUCAGAGCCAAUCGCAGGAUGGGACGAGCCAACAGAAUAUCGAUCGUAGGUUCCAAGUAAAGGUUUGGAGCUGGCUCACGAAGAAUUCAGAGGUGUCCGUCGGUCAAACGUCUGAAUAUAACCAUCUCACACUGGACGAGGCCGAACAACUUGACUCACAGGCUUCCGAGGACGAUCAAGAUGCCGACCAAGAGCCUCAAUCACAGGUUCGAAUAUUUGUCUCAAAAGAAAGAACAUGGCUCGCUAUUACUGGCCAUGAACCAGAUGAAAGCAAAGUAAUGCCACUGGAGCUGGUUCUGCUGUCGGUCAUCGCUUCUCGCAAGUGGGAAGGUAUUGUUCAGCCAGACCUGUGCAAGCUCAGUGGCCAGGACAAACGCUCUGUUCCAACCCGCACAGAUAAAUUACACGCCAAAGGAUAUAUCGAUAAGCGUCCGGUCCAGAUCAAAGGGGCCCGAACAAGUCUCUGUACGCUGAAACGAUUCUUGCGCCCAACUUCCAACGAAGGAGAUGGGAAGUUACAGGAACAAUCACAGCCAAUGAUUGAUUUCGAUGCUUUCAAUAUCAAGCUUUUCGAUAUCCUCCGAAAAUUCCAAAUUGUCACCCGCAAUGAUCUGAAACGGCUUCUGGAGUUUGACGACCGGUGGCGAUGGCGAAUCCUGUCUCGUGCGGUUCGCAAAUAUGAGCGAAUAGGUGUUUUGAAGCGCGUUAGAGCGAUGUCGCAGUACGAUAAGCUGCACCCUUGCAUCAAGCUUCUACGGGAGCCCACAGAAUCGGACUACAAAAUGUUUCACGAAUUCGAUAUUGAUGCCGCGGACGAUCAAGGGGAGGAAUUUGGUGACAUAGACCAAGAGGAGCUGGAUAUUGCAGACAAACGGGAGUUUGACGCAGACGAAGGUGCCAUUAACCUGAUACAAGAGCACAUCGAAGAUGUUGGACGGGUGGUGCCCACUUGGAAUCCACAACGCAACGUCCACAACCAGAUGUUUGACAUUAUUGAGCGUACAGGUACAUCAGGCAUAGCAAAUCAGGAAGUCGCCCAGACUCUCUUCGGAAACUUCUACAGAAGAGCCUCAGAGAAUAUCUUGCAUCGUCUAGUUGAUCUUUGGCAAAUGUCUCAACCGCUCCAUCUUCGCCAGUAUGCAAUCGUUCGAGACAUGGCAAUGCAAAAGACGACCAUGUUCUACAUUCAUUAUACCGGACACAAUUUCGCAAAGCUCGUGGAAGCUGGCCGAGCGUCCUGGGAGGCAGUUGAAUUCCCAGAAAAGAAAGCCAAAUCAUUGAAGAUUGAAAUCCCACGCUUCGAUGUUGUUGCUCAACUCGAUGAACUUGGAUUUCCCCAAAAGGCACCCCCUGUUGGACUGAUGAAGAACCCUAACGCUAGUCUACUUGACGGGAUUAAGAGUGCUAAUCCUUCGGAUUACUUGCUUUCCACCAGUGAUCCGUUCGUGGUCCAGCUCCCUGAUGGCAGAAACGUUGUACGUACACGUCUCGACAAGCUCCCUCCUGGGUCUAAACAACACAUUGAUGUCGCCCCGCGAACAAAGGGACGUCCCAAAGGCACUCUGAACAAAAAGACGAUAGCAAGGAUUGCUAAAAUAAAGGAGGCCAAAGCACUUGCAGCGAGGGGAUCUGAAGGGAGAGAAUCCGCGACAGAAGAAUCUCCGCCACAAGUCUCUGCAGCCAUUGAAUCUUUGGUGGCUGAGUCUGCAGCCCCAGAGCCAGAACUCCAACCCGCGUCCGACAAAACCCCUGCAUUGGAUGAUUUGGAAAAUGUUACCCCGCAGAAGGUGAGAAAGUCAGCCGCCAGACCCUAUGCAUUCUGGGGAAUGUCGAGGUUAGAGAAGCUCAAAGCACUCGGAAUGGAUGAGAGCUGGACUGAGUACAAUGCUCUGAUCAUGGAUAUGCCUGUACCUGGAGUGUACAUCACCCCUCCUGGAAAAAGAAGACCCACUGGCAAGGCCCGAGGUCGACCUAGGAAGAGUCGAAUUGCAGUUUUCAAAUCAUCAAAGCUCGCCGAGUUCCCUUGGUUCAUUAAGGACGACAUCUCCGAUGAUGAACUCGAGGCGGACAAUGCCUCAACUCGCGCAUCGGAAUCCAUUGCCAAUGAAAAUGCAUAUUCGAAUAGUGCUUGGCGCACUGUGAACUCACCUGGACCGUCGUCAACACCAAAUAGGAAUGGACUGGAACCCGAAAGACCAUCAAAGCGUCCUCGUGUUCAGUAUGCCCAAGGUGAAGACAAUCAUGUAUCCCUGGAACCCCCCGAAGGGACCUUGCCAGAAAAUGCAGUUGUCGUGAGCACAGAGAACUUAGCUGCAGUUACUACAACACGCCACCGAGACAGAACUGCCAGUGUACAUCCACUUGAUGAUGAACAAAGCCAAACUCCUUCAAAACGACGCCGUGUGGGCGAUUCCAAUCGAAGUCCAACCAAAGAAAACGCUUUAGCAUCCUCACCACUCAAGCCAGUUGAACACUAUACACCUCGUGGAAGAUCAGGGUCUCAACAGUCGAAUGCAACAACUGGAACUUCUCGGCACAGGAACUGGCUUAGCACGGAUCGAGUUGCAAAGGAACUACCCAUCGCACCCCUGAAGCCGUUGAUUGAGAGAGGCGGCUCAAUUAGUUUCCUCCGCAGAAAGAUGAUCAUGGAGCUCAUCGAAAGGGCUGGUGGCGUGUUCCCAACGGGCGCUGCGCUUUGGUAUGCCUUUGUUUCGGAAUGGAUGAAGGACAAACCAAACGAGAGACCGGAUAUGCGUACCAUCAAGACUGCGACCAAGGCAAUGGUUGAUGCCGGCCAGAUCCGGCAGUUGACAUUUAGUGGCAGAGACAAAAAGGGUGUGAUGGUCACCAGAACAAUUCUGUUGAAGCCUGAGAUUUCCCCCGAGGAUCCCAAGGUCAAAAAUCUGCAGACUAAAAUUCUGAAAACCGACGUUCACGAACCACGGCCGAGCUUCUCAGAGAAUGUGGUGUUGGACCCUCAAUUGACAAGAAGCGGACGUCGAGCAAUCCGUGCACCACCCAAACAACAGAGAUUCAAUUUUCCUGUGGACACUAAGGCUAUGGUUACUUUACAACAGAAGCCUGCAUUUGCCAAGGCCGCAGAGGCACGGAGAGGAAGAACCAUUCAAAAACGCCUCAUGCGGGGCUUGCAAGCCGAGGCGGAUGCCAUGAUGUUGGAAGAGGAGAUGGAAAGGCUCUAUGGAGUCCAGCGACUGAUGACACUUACAAGACCUCCUUCGCUAGACACCGAGUCCCAUCCACUCACUUCGAUUAUUCGUCCUGACCGGAAAUCGAUCAGAAAGAGGUCCACUAGGCGCUUAGACACACUCAUCGAUCCUAAAAAACGCAUGCGGCCAAUCUCCAAUAUCAGCCAAUAUGCCCUGCUCAUGGCACCGGUGCAGGAAUUCUAUUCAAACAGUGGCACAUUUUCCACGGCCUCGUGGCCCGUGAAAGCUAAGAAAUCGAAGCGCGGUGUCAACACUGAGCAAUUUGUCAGUCGAUUGGCUGAAUUGACCGCUCAGUCAGAGCCCUCAGAGCAACCCAUUACCGAUUCACAGAACAUUUUCCACUCCACAGCUGAUAAAAUUCUGAAGUGGGAGAUGGACAACGAGGACAUUUUCGACUACAGCCUCGAGGGCAUGCCUUUUAUCAACCAAACCAUGCAAGGUGACUUCGAGACAGAGCCAGUCAGCGGGGAAAUUCGAUUUGAGUUAGACAUGCCUCGACCACCGCUACGUCCAGUCCCAAUGCCCGCAGAGACACGGUCAACUACUGCCCGUCGAUUACAGACUGAUGAUGAGUUCCAGCUCAAACGAAAGAAGCGACGUAAGCCGCGGACUAACCGCCGGUUGGCUGCACUUGAUGAGAUUGCAACACUCGAGAAGGACAAACCCGCAUCUCGCCACAUCGUCCGUCGACAGACCCGCAGUAACAUUCCCGAGCAAAUGCUCCGAAAGAUCAUGAUCGCCAUCACCGCCGUCCGGGUUCUCACUGGUGGAUUGGACGGAAGGAUUGUCGAGUGGGAUCUCGUAGUACGAGCUUUCCCAGACCACGACCCAGCCGCGAUGGAACAAAAGGCCCGGCGCACUCUCAACAGAAAUCGUCUACAGGUUGCGAAGAUGCAGAGGGACUUCCAAGAACGGUAUCUCGAUGCCUACGAGAAGGACCAGGUCCCUACCAUUGACUAUGGAGAUUUGGAAAAUUACGACUGGCCCGGUGUUGUUGAGUGGGCAAGCGCUCACUUAGAUGUUCCUCUCUCCCAGAGUAUCCCCGAUCUUCCCGCAACACGCGAACAGUUUGACGCGGUGUUCGAGAUACGCGAGGAACCUCUCACAGCAAGCGACGAGGUCUACCAGUCUAUCCACGGCUCAACUAUCAACCACAAGCGCGCUCUUAUGGCCCGCACUCCAUUCGCUGUUCCUGUGGCUGAGAAAAAUCAAGCCGAACUCACUGCAGGGCAAAAGCGCGUGGCCCGUCUCGAAGAUGCCAAGUCCUGGGUCCGCGCAAACAUCAUCACCUCAGAGGAGAGCUACAAACCCGCCGAGGCAGCGGAUGUCCUGGGUCAAAUUGGCGAAACUAUGAUCACAGAUGCCACACAGGCACUGGUCAACGACCGAGUCAUCACAAUGACCAACAGUGGCCGCAUCCUCCCAGGCCGCAACUACGAUAUCUCAGACAACUUCCUGCAGACACUCAGCCGCAAACGUGCCGUCGACAGCACCCAACUCGUUCGCGCGGCCCAAUUCAAAACAACGAUCCUGGACCCGCAGCUCCAGAACCUGGGCGUCUUCGACGUGAAAUACAACGCAGAAGACGGCGACAUUAUCGCUCUCAUCAACCUCGCCACAUCUGGCCGUAUCCAGCUACGGCCUUAUGGUGCACCCCGCGACAAAUUCGGUCUUACAGAUGGCGGAUAUCUCACCCGGCAAAUGGAUAAGGCUCGUCUCCGAUUUCCUGUGAAGGUCAUUCCUACCGAACGCUUUGUUUAUGGAAAUCCCAUUUUCGAGACGGCGGCAUCUAUUCCACAUCCGCCGCUGCCACCUGCGUCGCCAUUCACUGAUAUCGGGCGAAAGUGUCCGAUGUGGUUUGAUAUCCAUGGUGUACUUGUCCCUCGUCUCUGGACUAUGGCUAUGGGUGCUGUUCUCGGGUGCAUGGUGCUUCGACCUGGUGUUAAUGCACGCAGCAUUUCUAACAUGAUGAAGCCAACUCUGGCUCCGUGGGAAGUUCUCAUGAUGCUGCAGUGGUUGGCUGGAGUUGGUGCGGUCAAGGGAGACGGAACUGACGAGGGAGCCGCGUGGAGCUUGCAAGAAUGGUGGUGGAUGGUUGUUCCCUAA